CUGAAAUGUCAAAACAAAGAUGUCCGCAUUGAUGAAGCUAACGCAUUUUUAUGACUUUUGCUUGCUUAAGGCGAUCUUCAGACACAAAAACAAACACAACAAUGGGGUUUUGAGAAUUUCCGGAAGACGCAAAAAACGUGUCUUUUUUGUUAAUUUUUAUUGUAAAGGAUUUGUUAUCCCAUUUUGAUAUUUUCAUUUUCAUUUCUUUUUUGUCCUUCCUAUAAUUCGCAAUUCGUCAUCAUUAUGGGAAAAGGCGCAAUCAAAGAAGAAGAGAGCGAGGGGAAGAGAAAAACAUGGCGAUGGCCUUUAGCGACUUUGGUUGUCGUGUUUUUGGCAGUUGCUGUGAGCUCUAGGACCGCUUCUAAUGUCGGUUUCUUCUCCAGCGAUCGAAAUUCUUGUAGCUGUUCACUUCAGGGAACUGGUAAAUACAAAGGCAUGGUUGAAGACUGUUGUUGUGAUUAUGAAACAGUGGACAAUCUCAAUAGUGAGGUUUUGAAUCCUUUAUUGCAAGAUCUCGUCACUACACCAUUUUUCCGGUACUUUAAGGUUAAACUCUGGUGUGACUGCCCAUUCUGGCCAGACGAUGGAAUGUGUCGUUUGCGUGAUUGCAGUGUCUGUGAAUGUCCCGAGACUGAGUUUCCAGAACCGUUUAAAAGGCCACUUCCUUCUGAUGAUCUGAAGUGUCAAGAGGGAAAACCACAGGCAGCUGUUGACCGUACUAUAGAUAACAGAGCAUUCAGAGGUUGGGUUGAAACGAAGAAUCCAUGGACGCAUGACGAAGAUGACACAGAUAGCAGUGAGAUGACUUAUGUCAAUCUUCAAUUAAACCCCGAAAGGUAUACUGGUUAUACUGGACCAUCAGCUAGAAGGAUUUGGGACUCCAUAUAUUCAGAGAACUGCCCAAAGUAUUCAUCUGGAGAGACAUGUCCAGAGAAAAAGGUAUUGUACAAAUUGAUAUCCGGUCUUCAUUCUUCAAUCUCGAUGCACAUAGCUGCUGAUUACCUUCUUGAUGAGUCAAACAACCAGUGGGGACAGAACAUGGAUCUGAUGUAUGAUCGUAUUCUGAGACAUCCGGAUCGUGUUAGAAAUAUGUACUUCACUUACCUAUUUGUGCUACGUGCUGUUACAAAAGCAACAGCAUACUUGGAGCAAGCAGAGUAUGACACAGGAAACCAUGCUGAAGAUCUGAAAACACAGUCUUUGAUUAAGCAGUUAUUGUACAGUCCAAAACUACAAACAGCAUGUCCUGUUCCGUUUGAUGAAGCUAAGCUGUGGCAAGGUCAAAGUGGACCAGAACUGAAACAGCAGAUCCAGAAACAAUUCAGAAAUAUAAGUGCACUGAUGGAUUGUGUAGGUUGUGAAAAAUGCCGGCUUUGGGGGAAACUUCAGGUUCAGGGUCUUGGUACAGCAUUGAAAAUUCUCUUCUCUGUUGGAAAUCAAGACACUGGAGACCAUCAGACUCUGCAACUGCAACGGAACGAGGUGAUUGCAUUGGUGAAUUUGCUGAACCGUCUCUCUGAGUCGGUUAAAAUGGUCCAUGAUAUGGGACCAGACGUAGAGAGGCUAAUGGAGGAUCAGUUAGCUAAAGUAUCAGCUAAACCUGGUAGGUUAAGAAGAAUAUGGGAUUUAGCUAUCUCUUUCUGGUGAAUUACACAACGAACUGUCCAACUUUUUAGGCAUUCAUGCUCUGAUUAGUACAAGCCUAGGAUGGAUAGUCAUCGUUGUAACAAAUUAAAGGAAAAACAAUCAUUAAAGAGAACUCGUACAAAAGAUUUUGGUAAAGCCGAAAAGAUAAUUAUACAUUCUUGAGGUAACUAAUUUAUACGGAUACAAAAGCAUG